GGUGAUUAAUCCCAGGCAAGAGUUUUGCAAAGCUCUUAAACACCUUAAGCUGCGCGCAGCAACCUGUUUUCUCCGAGGUUGCUGGAGAGGAGGAAUUAGUGCCCGCGAUUAUCCGGAGAGGGGAGGUGUUUUUCCACAAGGGACCUCUCCUCGCCCAUAAAGCCACCCACUGCCCGCAGCGGCAGGAGGAUGUCAAUAGGCAGCACGGGGCCGGUGCUGCUGCUGGCGAGGAGGCAGCGGUCCCGGGAAAGGGCGGAGCGCCGGAGGGGGGUCCUCCCGGCGCUGCACUUGCUACAUUAACUCGGCGCGUCGGAGACGGCGACACAACUUUGCGGGUCUGCCCCGGGAGGCGGCGAGAAGAGCCUCCCCGCCGCCCCCUCCCCAGCGCCGGCCGCUUCCCGCGGCGGACCCCGGCGGCGGCAGCGGGAGCCGCGCUCCGGCGGCAGCGGCGUGGCGGCUGCCCCCGCCCCGGCCAGGCGGGCCGUCCCCGGGAGCCGGGCGGGCAUGUCUCCCGCUCCCAGCCCCGCCGAGCGGGGCGGCCGCCGCCUCUGAAGGGGAGCGGGCCGGCCCCGCCGCCUCCCGGCCAUGCGGCCCCUCCGCGCUCCCCUCGCCCUGCUCUGCCAGGUGCUGGGCGCCUGGGCUGCCUGCGCCCCGGCCCCCGCCGCGGCCAACGGGCUACCGGCGCCCCCGCAGCGCGCCCGCUCGCCGCCAGCCCCGACGCCCUUCGUCCCGGCUUCCCCCGGCCGCGGAGCCCUCCUCCGCGGAGCCCACGCCGCGCCCGGCGGAGCGGCGGGGCCGGGCGGCGGCUGCGCGCCCCGCGGGGCGGCGGGGGCCGGGCGGCGGCGGGCGCGGAGCAGCGAGCGCGGAGCCGGCGCGGCGGCGGCGGGGAGGGGGGCGGCGGGCGGCCCCCGCUGGCUGCCCCUGAACGGCUCGGGGGGCGCGGAGGGCAGCGCCGGGGGCCGCGGGAACGCCACCGGGCGCCGCGCCCGCCUCCGCAACCCCUUCUACCCGCUGACCGAGGAGUCGUACGGCGCCUACGCCGUCAUGUGCCUCUCCGUGGUGAUCUUCGGCAUCGGCAUCAUGGGCAACAUGGCAGUGAUGUGCAUCGUCUGCCACAACUACUACAUGCGGAGCAUCUCCAACUCCCUGCUGGCCAACCUGGCCUUCUGGGACUUCCUCAUCGUCUUCUUCUGCCUGCCGCUGGUCAUCUUCCAGGAGCUCACCAAGAAGUGGCUCCUCGAAGACUUCUCCUGCAAAAUCGUCCCGUACAUCGAGGUGGCCUCUCUCGGAGUCACCACAUUCACGCUCUGCGCCCUCUGCAUCGACCGGUUUCGUGCCGCCACCAACGUGCAGAUGUACUACGAGAUGAUCGAAAACUGCACCUCCACGACGGCCAAGCUGGCCGUCAUCUGGGUGGGCGCGCUGCUGCUGGCCCUGCCGGAGGUCGUGCUGCGCCAGCUGGCCAAGGAGGACCCCGAAUACAGCGGCAUCCCACCGGGGGAGCGGUGCGUGGUGAAGAUAUCCACCGCCCUCCCUGACACCAUCUACGUGUUAGCUCUCACUUACGAUGGGGCAAGACUCUGGUGGUACUUUGGCUGCUAUUUUUGUUUGCCCACCCUUUUCACUAUUACCUGCUCCCUGGUAACAGCAAGGAAAAUCAGGAGGGCAGAAAAGGCCUGCACAAGGGGGAACAAGCGACAGAUUCAGCUGGAAAGUCAGAUGAACUGCACAGUGGUGGCUUUGACCAUUUUAUAUGGGUUUUGCAUCAUUCCCGAAAAUAUUUGCAACAUUGUGACUGCCUAUAUGUCCACAGGGGUCUCCCGGCAGACUAUGGACCUCCUCCAUCUCAUUAGUCAGUUCCUUUUGUUCUUUAAGUCUUGUGUUACCCCGGUUCUCCUUUUCUGUCUCUGCAAACCUUUCAGCCGGGCCUUUAUGGAGUGUUGCUGUUGCUGCUGUGAUGAAUGCAUCCAGAAGUCUUCAACAGUGACGAGUGAUGACAAUGACAACGAGUACACCACAGAACUGGAGCUCUCCCCUUUCAGUACCAUCCGUCGCGAAAUGUCCACUUUUGCCUCCGUGGGGACUCACUGUUAAUUGACCUUCGGACUUUAUUUCCUGUAUCUUUUUCUUUUUUCUAUUUUCUUUUCUUUUCUUUUUUUUUUUUUUUUUUACUUUCUACUUUUCUUCUUCAAGCAAAAUGCAAGGGAAAAAAAAAUUGUUAUUAAAAACUACUCUGGAAACCAGUCUGCAUAUUAACAGUCGUGCUUUGGAAAAUAAUUUGUUUGGUUGUUCAAAUGAAAGAAAGAGAGAGAAGGAGAGCCAGCACUCAGUUUUAAAUCAUUAUAUUUUGUAUGGUGCUAGGAUUUUAUUGGUUGGGGAGGAGAAUACAUAUCAAUCCACUAUUAUUUAAUUCCAUAGGGUUUUUUUUGGUUUUUUUUGUAAUCACUGUAAAAUGAUUAUAUAGACAUUGUGGGUUUUGCAAGAUGUUUCAUGUAAAAGAUGUGGUGGAAAGUAUUUGAAGGUAGUUUUAAUCCAAUUACUGUACACUAUUGUGAGAGGACUUGGACUUCAGAAGAUUUAUAAAGUAGGAUUUUAAUAAAUGAGGUUUUAUUAUUUAACUUCAUUGUCAAUCGGCAUUUAACAGGGACACCUAUAAGUAGUACUAAAUUCUUUUAAUAAGUAAAAAAAAAGUCUUUGCUUUGCAUAAAAUAAUUUAAAUGGCCAUAUUUAAUGUACCAUUCGUGUACUUACCCUUGGAGGCUAUAAUUACAGUGUUUAAGGAAGGUGGUUAUAAUGGUAUUAGAUUUACACGAGUGUUUUUUAAUGUAUAUUAUGAAGGUUCAAUGUGCCUCACUGAAAAUUUCCUUCUUAACCUGCAGGUAUGCAAAACCUGAGUUAUUUUGUACUUCUUAUGAAGAAAGAUUUGCUUUCUCACUGAAUUUUGUCUUGUGUAGUUUCAAAAUCAAAUUUCUUUCCAAUUUGUUAUUGGUUUUACAUUGAGAUUAUGUCCUCAGUCUCUGUAUAUAUAGCUCCUACUGGCUUCAGCAAGAGUCCCAUUGCAGAGGAAGGCAUUCUUCUGCCAGGGGUUUGCUGACAAUAAAUGUGAGGGACUGAAACAUGUGGAAAGUGAAUUCCUUCUUUUUUAAAAGAUAUAAACACACUUGGACGCUUGGGGCUUGACCCAGAGCCCAUUGCAGUCAAUGGAAAGAUUUCCAUCAAUUUGAGAGGGUUUUGGAUCAGACUGGCAUCUCCUAUUUAUUCUGGGAUAUGUAACAUGAAUAUUAAUCACGGGGGCUCUGCAUACCGAUUAUAAAUCAUGCUGCUCUCACAAAGACUGCUAUUCACCGGCAGCUCGCAGCUCUGAAGCUGUUUUUGAGAACCGCGGUGUGUUUUGCUGAUGGCUUCUUGCUGUCCGCAGAGUUAUUAAAAUGAGGGUAUGUCAACACUGCCGGCAACAGUGCCAUAUAGUAAAACCUAAAGCUGUUAGAAACAAGCCAGGUUGGGGACUGGAAAGUGCCUAUCUGUACCAGCAGAGCCUGUUUGCCCCACUUCUUGGCUGAAGCAGGCAGGCUGUUCUUGGCAGGCAAGCUGGCUCGUAUUUACACUGGGCAGCGGGCUGAAGUGUAGACACAUGCUAAGGAACUGAAUUUGUUAUAAUUAGCUUAUAUUUUAAUACUAAUUAAAUAAAUAAUACAAUUGCAGUAGUGUGUGCGGAAGUAACAUCCCAUGCGUUUGUCCUUUGAAAUUAACAGUGACCGUAACUGAUGUAGUCUGACUUCCCGACACCUGCCUCUAAAUGUGUUAAAGAACUUGCUGUAACUUCUGGAAAGGAGUCUAUAUUUUUAUUUGUAGAUUCUGGACUUAAUAUGUUUAACCUUUGUCUCUGCUUGGGCAAGCAGUAUUUCUUCUUUUUCUUUACCAUUUUAACCUAUAACAAUUUCAACUGGAAAGCAGUUGAAAUUAAUUAACCUGAAUACAAAUCGAAAUAUAUAUAUAUAUGCACUUGAGUUCUUUUUCUGAUUUUUGAUUCAGACAUUGGACCCUAACAAAGCAAUCUGCUUUAAGCACAGGCCUAAAUUUAAAUAUGUGUUUCUGUUUAGGACUUGCUAAAGUACCUACAUUUUUUAAUCGUUUUGUAAGAUGGUCAAUCACUUCUGAAGACUUCUUUAUAAAGAACUGUCCCUUCUUUAUAAACCCUUCGUUAACUUCACAUUGCUCGAUUACUUUCAAUAAACUAUGAGAGGUAUUAAAGAGAAAAGAUAAAAACAAAAUCUCCUCACUGUGGUGCCUGUGUCUCCUCAAAUACAUAUUCCUAUUGGUACAUUUUGAUUUGUACUCUUCUUUUUCAGUUGCCAGUAUUUAUAAAGAAUGGGA